AUGCCCAAAAAUGUGUUCGCGAAAACCUUCGCGGAUACAUGGCAAGAGACGAAUCCUGAAAUUAUCAUAAAAUGCUUCAAAAAAUCUGGAAUCUAUUCAUUCAACCGCAACGUAGUACCAGUAGAUAAAUUCAAGUCAGAAGCCUACAAGAGAUACCUGAAAAAAAAGGCGGAACAUUCUCAAGGGCUGCUAGAUCCCAGAAAUCCAAAAUCAUUAAAAGAACUGUGCGUCCUUGUUUUCAACGAUGAGUUUUACUCUAGUGAGGCUCCUAACCAUGCUGGAAAAGAAGUAAGUACUCUAAGCCAAAAUGACUUCGGUUCUGAAUAUGUGACCUUCUUGAGUCAACUGUCAAAGAAAGACUACACUUGUCAGCCUUUUGUAGUAAAUGACGCAUCAGAUUCACUAAAAUGCUUAUAG